UCACACACACACGCACUCGCCAAAACUCUGGCGUCUCUGGUAACUGGAGUGCAGCGCUGGGCUGUGACAGAAAUAAACACGUGAUUACACUCCUGCCGCUGCUCAGUCUGUGCGCUUCACACACACACACACACACGCACACACACUCUCUCCUGUGGCACCUCGGGUCGCUUCCAUCACUUUCCAAAGUAGUUGCGUGGACAUGUCGGGGCUGCUGUGUGGAACCAAGAGGAAGAAACAAGUGAGCGAUCUCCACGAGGAGGGCAAGAAUGCCAUCAACGCGCCCAUGCUACCUUCAGGGACCGAGAUCCAUCCUGAGGACACUCUCAUGGAGGAGAACGCUGAGAGGAUCAUGUUGGACCCGACGUCACGGGAGAAUCCUAAAUUUAAAGAUCUGCUGAAGGUUCUGAUCGACUGGAUCAACAGUGAGCUGGAGGAGGACCGGAUCAUCGUGAAAGACCUGGAGGAGGACUGCUAUGAUGGUCAGGUGCUGCAGAAGCUCUUUGAAAAGUUGUCUGGCAGGAAGCUGAACGUCGCCGAGGUGACGCAGUCUGAGAUCGGACAGAAACAGAAGCUUCAGACCGUCCUGGAAGCCGUGAACGAAAUCCUGCGUCCGCAUGGUUGGUCCAUCCAGUGGAACGUGGACUCAAUUCAUUCUAAGAACCUGGUUGCCAUCGUCUACCUGCUGGUGGCGCUGGCGAUGCACUUCCAGGCUCCCAUCCGUCUGCCGGAGCAUGUGUCAGUGAAGGUGGUGGUGGUCAAGAAGCGAGAGGGGAUUCUUCAGACGGCGCUGGUGACCAAAGAGCUGACCAGCACCACGGAGAUGAUGUUGGGGCGCUUCGAGCGCGACGCCUUCGACACGCUGAUGGACCACGCUCCCGACAAGCUCAACGUGGUGAAAACGUCGCUGAUCACCUUCGUGAACAAACACCUGAACAAGCUGAACCUGGAGGUGACGGAGCUGGAGACGCAGUUCGCUGACGGCGUCUACCUGAUCCUGCUGAUGGGCCUGUUGGAGGACUACUUCGUGCCGCUCUUCAGCUUCUACCUGACCCCUGAGACCUUCGAGCAGAAGGUCCACAAUGUGUCGUUCGCCUUCGAGCUGAUGCAGGACGCAGGUCUGAAGAAGCCGAAAGCCCGAGCUGAAGACGUCGUCAACCUGAACCUCAAGUCCACCCUCCGAGUCCUCUACAACCUGUUCACCAACUAUAAGAACUCAGAGUGAACGUCGCGCGAGGGCUCGAGUCCGUCGCUUUAUUUAUCUCGCUGGAGCUUUUCAAAGGUCUGUGUUCAUCAUUUCAUCGUCGCCGUGACGACGCAACUCUGGUCAGAUGUGCUGCUUCACGCUAAUGUGCAAUUUUUACCUUUAUCUGCCGCCAUGUUAUGGUUUUUUUUUUUAAAUAUUUUUUUAUGAAAGAGUGAUGGAGGUCAAAUCUACUUUUAUGAUGAUCAGUCUGUUGUCAUGACCAACUGAAGGAAUUAAAUUCAACGCUGGAGAACCUGUUCAGUGACUGGCUGAAGUUUUUUUUACCGCAGUACUGUUAAUAACCAACUGAGUACAUUUCUAACGUUUUUGAGCCAAGUAUAUGCAUUUGUAGCUUCUGCAGGCCACAUGUGGCCACAUUUGGCCCCCGGACCUGGGGUUUGACACAUAUAGCAACUGAAUUUUACGGUUUAAAGAUAAGCUUUUUGACGUCAGUAACCAAAAAAUGCUGAAAUCUGACAUGAACGCCGACCUAAAAAUGAACAUUAAUUUCCAUAGUUAGUGUUGACUUUAAAGUUUAGUUCCGAGUCUCUUUACAUCUCUUUGUUGCCAUGGUAACCCUCCCUCCUGCCACGGGUGAGACCUCCUGAAUGUCACGCCGCACUCGCUCCCCAACAAUCAGCCGCCCAGAAGCCCCCCAACUCUGAUUGUUCCUGCAAAUGUCAGCGGCGACAGAAGCUCCCGCCCUCACCAGACACCAGGAAGCUGCCGCUGCUGCCAAGAGGAAGUGAUGCUGCCGCUGCUUCUCCCCCGCUUGAACUGACUGUUGAUUCUGAAGAGACCAACAGGCAGGUAAGAGCCACUUCCUGGUCGUACUGAUCCUCUGUGACCCAAAGCUUAACCCUUGAAUGCCCCUUGGUUUCAGUGCAGAGCAAUAUCGAAGCCUUUCAUGUCACUUCCUGGUUAUAUUGCUCUCCAACCUCAGGAAAUGUCUCCCCUCCUGACUUUUCUCCAGAUGAUAUAUAUAUUCUUAAAAUCAUUUUUAUGUCAUUUCCUGUCCAUUAUAAUUUGCAUGAAUAUUUUACCUUUGCUCAUCACUUCCUAUUAAUAUGUGACCAUAGAAUAACCAUCCUGAUGAAACAUAUGACAAUAUUUAACCCCUUCCUGCUGAUAAAUCCUAAUUCAGACGAGAUAUAUGUCGGCUGUUAACAGUUCUACACCCUCUCUCUUCUCAGAGUUGACAGUAUUUAGAGCUGGUGCGUCACUUCCUGUGUUUGUGCAGCAAUAUUUUGCUCUUUUCACGUGACUCUGCUCUGAUAUUUGUUCUGAUCGUUGUUCUUUCAGAGCAGUAGUUAAUCAUUUCUGCUCAUUUAAUGAUAACAUUUACAGGAUUUCAUUUCAGACUGCUGGCUCAUGUUGGUCUGUCUGUGUGUGACGACAUUAACUCCAUUCACACCACUUUCGGUUGUUUUCUGGCGGCUUUCACUUCAUUUCCUGCUCAAAUUAAGUCUCAAUAUCACUGAAAUUUCACGCCACUUAUUUGGCAGUUUUUCAUGUUGUUAUUUAUUACAUGUCUGGGAAUCUGUUGUUUCUCAAAUAUUUUCUAUGAUCAUUUAUGUGUCAAUAUUUAACCCUUUCACUCCACCUCCUGCCCAAAUUCUCCUUGUCACUGAGGUCCCUGCUCCUAUUGAUGAUGAAUGUAACAGUGUUUCACACUUUCCUGCCUGAAAGCCGGUUUAUUU